UUCGAAAGUUCAUUCUAAGCGUGAAGGGUCUUGAGUUCAUUGUACUGACUGUGUUUGCCGAAGAAAGACCUAGACCGGAAAAUGACUACCUACACUGACAAAGGUGAAAAGCAUGAGCAAGGCAGGUUUGUCUGCUUUGACCACAUCACAUUCUGGGUUGGCAACGCCAAGCAGGCGGCCUCCUUCUACUGUAACAAGAUGGGAUUCGAACCCUUGGCAUACCAAGGUCUGGAGACGGGCUGCCGAGAUGUGGUAUCCCAUGUGGUGAAACAGGGAAAGAUCAUUUACGUCUUCUCUUCAGCUCUUAACCCGGGAAACAAAGAGAUGGGAGAACACUUAGUGAAGCACGGGGAUGGAGCGAAAGACAUCGCAUUCGCAGUGGAGGACUGCGACUUCCUGGUAGAGAAAGCACGGCAGCGUGGAGCUGUCAUUGUGAAGGAGCCAUAUGUGCUGGAGGACAAGCAUGGAUGGGUAAAGCUGGCUGUGCUGCAGACUUACGGCGACACCACGCACACGUUGGUGGAGAGGACCAACUACAAGGGGCUCUUCCUGCCUGGCUUCCAGCCGCCCCUCUUCCACGACCCCCUGCUGGCCAAACUGCCAAGCGGGAAACUGGACUUCAUCGACCACGUGGUGGGAAACCAGCCCGACAACGAGAUGGUCCCUGUGGUGGAGUGGUACCAGAAGAACCUGCUCUUCCACCGGUUCUGGUCGGUGGAUGACAAGCAGCUGCAGACGGACUUCAGCGCCCUGCGCUCCAUCGUGGUGGCCAACUACGAGGAGACGGUCAAGAUGCCCAUCAACGAGCCCGCCAUGGGGAAGCGCAAGUCCCAGAUCCAGGAGUACGUGGACUACUACGGAGGUCCAGGGGUCCAGCACAUUGCCAUGAACACGUCGGACAUCAUCACAGCUAUUCGUAACCUGAAGGAGCGUGGGAUGGAGUUCAUGAGUGUGCCCAGCACUUACUACCAGCAGCUGCGACAGAAGCUGAAAUUCUCCAAAGUCAAGAUCAAGGAAGACUUAGACACCCUGGAGGAGCUGAAGAUCCUGGUGGAUUAUGAUGACAAUGGCUACCUGCUCCAGAUCUUCACCAAGCCUGUGCAGGACCGCCCCACCAUCUUCCUGGAGGUGAUCCAGAGACACAACCAUCAGGGUUUUGGCGCUGGCAAUUUCAAGUCUCUCUUCGAGGCCAUCGAGGCUGACCAGAAUGCCAGGGGGAACUUGACGGUUCUGACCCCCAACGGCGUGUCGGAAUCCCUCUGAUUCCAGCAGAUGUGCUCCCACAAUGCACCUCUCUCUCCCACCGCACAAACAAGCAAACAAGCGAAUCGCAUUCCAGAGACGGGUGGUUCACAAAGUGACUGAAGAAAGGGACCUUCGUCCUCACUACUCUGUAAUGAUUCAUUUGUCUUGUUGUGAGUUACAUAGUUUUUUGUGGUGUUAUAAUUUGCUGCAUAUAAGUCCACACUGACACCAAAAACUGUGUACAAUUCAAAGCUAAGAACCUUUUCAUUUGGACCAACAUGUGAAGACAUAAAGUCUUCUGAAAUGUGACCACCCUGAAAAGCAUGGCAGUUGGACUGGAAAAAAAGAAUUCCAGGAUUUAGAGUUUCUUACCAGUUACGUGUUUGUGCAUAAACAUUUUACGCUAAAUGUGACAUUUUCCCACUUGAACAGCUAGCUUUUGAGCAAAUAAUUAGUAUACUACAGCACAUAAAAAGUACAAGAAUAUUACAGCACAAGUUGUGAUGUAUUUCAAUAAAAUAUUUACAAACAUUUAUUGAAAUUGCAGGUAUUCUCAAUUUCCAUGCUGGGACCAUUAGCAACAGCAUUGUUGUGGCACAGUGCACUUGUUAAAUUUCAUGCUACAUUUAUCCCUACAAUGUUGUAUGAUUCAUUUAUAACUCUGUAUUUACAAGAAUUA